CUUAAAACCUCCAAGAGCGAGCGAGAGAGAGAGAGAGAGAGAGAGAGAGAGAGAGAGAGAGAGAGACCGAGCAAGCAGUUCUUCGUUUUCCCCGUGAUCGACUGAGCGAUGGAUCACCGGCCACCGCUCGACGUCUCCCCGCGCCGCCUCCGCCCGCGCCCGCACCGCGUCCAAAGGCCGCCCCUGGCGCCGUCCUCCUCCGUCAAGACACCGCCAGGAUCGAUCAAGAAGGCGGCGACCCCGAUGCGCGCGUCCACCUGCGCGAUCCCGUCGCCGAUCCGCCUCGAGCCGAGUCCGAUGCGCGCGUCCAUCUCCGCGCUCCCGGUGCCGCGCCUGGAGCCGAGCCUGCCGCGCACGAAGCUGGACUUCCCAGCAGCCGCCGCGCCGUCGCCGGCAAGAGCGACGGGGAAGGAGAACCUCCCCGCCACCGAGCUGUCGCCCCCGGCAAGGGCGGCCCGGAAGGAGAACCUCCCCGCCGGCGUCGACCACGAUGAGAGGGUGGCGCUCGACCUCGCCGCGUUGGCCAGGGCGGCCUCGCCGGUCGCCGGCCCGCUCUUCGUGCGGGGCAGGCUCUACGACCUCUACUCGGCGCGGCGCAACGAGCGGCUUAAGCGCAAGCACGGCUUCCCCUACGGCGGCGACUGGGAGGCGGUGGACGCGGAGGUGAUGGCCGAGGACCCCUGCGUCGCCGUCGAGCUGUCCAAGCGCCGCGUCGCCAAUAAGGCCUCCACCGGCGCUGGCGCCGAGUCCGUGCGGAGGUCCAUGCCAGCUGGCGACUUCGCGGUGGGCCGGGCUAAAGGCCUGGCGCCGAGGUCCUCCCUGAGGGCCAGCAAGGAGAUGAAGAAGGCCACUGCCGCAUCCGGCUCCGUAUCGUUGGUCAAGGAGAGGACAAUCAACUCCAGGUCGUCGGCUCGCCGGAUGUGACGCUGCAGUGUCUCGUCUGAAUUGUGUGAUCUGCUGGAGGUGGUGGUGUUGGUAAUGUGGAUAUCAGGAUAUGGUGAUGCUAUCUACCUAUCUAGUAUAUGUCAGUAAGAAAUGUUUGGUGAAUCGAUUUGGGGAGCAAUAUAGAUGCGGAUUUUGGUAGAGAAUGUGCUGCUGAAUAAGUUGAACCAUCUCUACUGAAAGUUAAGAGUCUUUCUCUCUGUGCAUUUCCUCGGUAAUGUUGUGCCGGAUGCGGAUACUCUCAGAACAGCUCGGAUAUGGCUGGGAUACGUAUUCGAGCAAUAUUCGGAUAUGGACCGGAUAUGUCAGUUAUUUUGAAGUUAUUCGAAUC